CCGCGCUCCGGUUCCUCAUUCGUCUCCCUCAGAGCUCGGGCAAUGAUGGACCGCGACCGCAACAAGACGCUGCUGCUGGAGCUGCAGAGAGCCGCCGGCACCGGGAACGCCCGCUGCGCCGACUGCGGGGAGCCAGAUCCAGAGUGGGCUUCUUACAAACUUGGAAUAUUCAUUUGUUUGAAUUGCUCUGGAAUCCAUCGCAAUCUUCCUCAGAUCAGCAGGGUCAAAUCCCUUCGGCUUGACUUCUGGGAGAAUGAUCUUAUAGAGUUUAUGAAGCAGCACGGGAAUCUCUGUGCCAAAGCUAAAUAUGAGGCCAAGGUCCCUCCAUACUAUUACAUCCCUCAGUCCUGUGAUUGCUUGGUUUUAAAAGAGCAAUGGAUUAGAGCUAAGUAUGAGCGUGAGGAAUUUGUUGCCACCCGAAUCUGCCAAGAUCCUUGUUCUGCAGGGAGCCAUGAAGGAUUCCUCUGGAAGCGUGGGCGGGAAAGCAGGCAGUUCAAGAAGAGGCGAUUUCUUCUGUCAGCAAGGGAAGGAGUGAUGAAGUAUUACACCAAAGAAUCCAGAGGUCCAAAAGCCAUUAUCAGCAUUGAGAAUAUGAAUGCAAUGUUCCAGACAGAGAAAAUCCAGCAUGCUCAUGGGCUGCAGAUCACAUACAGCACAGAUGGUCAAACAAGGAACCUUUUUGUCUAUCACGAAAGUGGAAAGGAGAUUGUUGACUGGUUCAAUGCCAUUCGGGCAGCACGUUACCAUUAUCUCAGAACAACCUUGCCAGCUGUCCCUGAGCUUGAGCUCAUACCCAGGAUCACAAGAAAUUAUGUCAAAGAAGGACAUAUGGAGAAAACAGGACCAAAACAGAAGGAGGCCUUUAAGGUGCGCUGGUUCUGCCUGGAUUCUCAAGAAAGGAACCUGAUGUACUUUAAAAAUCCACUGGACGCAUAUGCACAGGGCCAGGUCUUCAUUGGCAGGAUGGAUGAGGGAUAUGAAGUACGAGCUGGUUUGCCCCAGGGAGUCCGAGUGAAGAAAAGGAAACCAGCGAUCACUGUGGUCACACCCCUGAGAGAGUUUGUGUUCCUGUGUGAGAACGACAGGGAGCAGAGGGAGUGGAUAGAUGCCUUAAAUGGAGUAAUUGCCCAGCCUUUGACUGGUUAAAAGUAGCACUGAGUUCUGAUGAACUGCACUGCUUGGGCUGUGUUCAGCAGUGCUCCACGGCCUCUUUCUGUUGGCAAGGAUGGUGCUCAAGGCCCUGCAGUGACAAAGGGCUUCUUCCUUCAGCAGCCACAGGCACAGAAAGAGUGGCUACAGAGAAAUUAGUAAGAGGGAGUGCAGAUAGUCUGUGUCCCUGCAGAACCUUGCCUGAAGUGCCUUCUCAGUUCUGCUUUUGGGCAGAGAAGGGUUUUCCAGCCUGACAUAGGGAUGAAUCAUCCAGCGUUUUCUUCUGGGAAAAAAACAGAGACAAUGGAGAAAGUCUGACCCCAGAAGGGCUGGCAUGUGUUUCCUUGAGGACUUGUGCAGGUGCUGUUGUAUCAGAUGCUCCUUUUCUUGUCUUUGAUGUCAGAAGGACUCCUGUAGAUCCUGAAGGAUGUACUUGACAAUCCAACCAGUGGCAUGUAUCCUGCCAGUGAACAGAGUCAUCUGUUGCAUGAGUACCUAGGGACAGUCACUAAGAGGCAAAUACAGUGUCAGCUAUCAGGAAGAUGCAGCGUGUCCUCUUGGAUAGAUCUAAGAUACCAGUUCAUGCUGGAGUCACUGGAUGCCCUUCAGAUAGGGAUGGCAUGUCCAGGUAGGGACGUUUGUUUUCAAUAGAGUGGGUUUAAUGUCUUUUACACUGUUACAUUUCUGGCACAGUAAAAAAUAAAAGCCAAGUUUGAAUUGUG